GUGUGUGUGACCUCACCAAUGCUCCAUCUUCUCCCCGGACAGGGAGACCACGUCCUGCCUGUUUUAUUUUAUUGAUGAAGCACCUUCCAUCCUCACUCAUUCUGCUGUAUUCUACUUACCGUUGAUGUUAUUGGAAAGUAAAAAAUAAUGUUGCAUACAAUUUGUGUCCUGUUCAAAAAUCUGUAUGUGUUAGAUAGUAAAUGAUCACACACACAUUACCUGCCAAUGUCUCCAGACUCCUCCUCUUCAACAUAUCUGGCCCUGUGUUUGGAGCAUCCUCCAGAUCAAGAGGAAAUAUGCCAUUAACAUUAAAUCAGCUGCAGUUGACUGAAUCCUCCAACAGGGGGAGCUACCUCCUCACUUUAACCUCCACUGGUUAUUAAUACAAUAACGUCUGACUGUUUAUUCAUAUCUGCUGUUGAUGUUCAGUGAAACAUGACAUUUAGUUUAAUUUAAUAUAUGUUAAUAUCUGUGAUGAGGUCAUCAGAUCUGAGGAGCUGGUGAAAUGGAGCAGCUCUCUUCAGGCGGUGAGACGCUGAGGGGUUUGUGGUUCAGAUGCUCUGACUUACUGCUGCUUGAAUCAUCCACUCUGAUCCUCCUCCUAUCUGAGAGGAGGAGGAUCAGAGCUGCUCAGUCUCAGAUUCAACCAUGAGAAGAAUCCACAGGAUCCACGGAUGUGAUUCAUUCUGACAUUUUAUUUAAAGGAGUGAAGAAGAGCUGAAUGUUCAAUGCUGAAAUCUGCACCGAAGAGAAUAAAUUAAGAUGACAACGAGAAGCUGAUUUGAUGAAACAGCUUCUGUUAGACAUGGAAGAUGAAGUCUGGAAGCAGAUUUGAAGAAAAACAGCAGGAGGUCUGCUCACAACAGGAGGUCUGCUAACAACAGGAGGUCUUCUAACAACAGGAGGUCUGCUAACAGCAGGAGGUCUGCUAACAGCAGGAUGUCUGCAAACAACAGGAUGUCUGUAAACAACGAGGUCUGCUAACAACAGGAGGUCUGCUAACAGCAGGAUGUCUGCAAACAACAGGAGGUCUGCUAACAGUAGGAGGUCUGCAAACAGUAGGAAGUCUGCUGAAGGCAGGAGGUCUGCUAACAGCAGGACAUCUGCUAACAACAGGAUGUCUGUAAACAACAGGAUGUCUGUAAACAACGAGGUCUGCUAACAACAGGAGGUCUGCUAACAGCAGGAGGUCUGCAAACAACAGGAGGUCUGCUAACAGUAGGAGGUCUGCAAACAACAGGAGGUCUGCUAACAGCAGGAGGUCUGCAAACAACAGGAGGUCUGCUAACAGCAGGAGGUCUGCAAACAACAGGAGGUCUGCUAACAGUAGGAGGUCUGCAAACAGUAGGAAGUCUGGUAACAGCAGAAGGUCUGCUAAAAAGCAGGAGGUCUGCAAACAGUAGAGGUCAGCAAACAUGAGGUCUGCUAACAACAGGAGGUCUUCUAACAACAGGAGGUCUGCUAACAGCAGGACAUCUGCUAACAACAGGAUGUCUGUAAACAACGAGGUCUGCUAACAACAGGAGGUCUGCUAACAGCAGGACAUCUGCUAACAACAGGAUGUCUGUAAACAACAGGAUGUCUGUAAACAACGAGGUCUGCUAACAACAGGAGGUCUGCUAACAGCAGGAGGUCUGCAAACAACAGGAGGUCUGCUAACAGUAGGAGGUCUGCAAACAGUAGGAAGUCUGCUGAAGGCAGGAGGUCUGCUAACAGCAGGACAUCUGCUAACAACAGGAUGUCUGUAAACAACAGGAUGUCUAAACAACGAGGUCUGCUAGCAACAGGAGGUCUGCUAACAGCAGGAUGUCUGCAAACAACAGGAUGUCUGUAAACAACGAGGUCUGCUAACAACAGGAGGUCUGCUAACAGCAGGAUGUCUGCAAACAACAGGAGGUCUGCUAACAGUAGGAGGUCUGCAAACAGUAGGAAGUCUGCUGAAGGCAGGAGGUCUGCUAACAGCAGGACAUCUGCUAACAACAGGAUGUCUGUAAACAACAGGAUGUCUGUAAACAACGAGGUCUGCUAACAACAGGAGGUCUGCAAACAACAGGAGGUCUGCUAACAGUAGGAGGUCUGCAAACAACAGGAGGUCUGCUAACAGCAGGAGGUCUGCAAACAACAGGAUGUCUGCUAACAGCAGGAGGUCUGCAAACAACAGGAGGUCUGCUAACAGUAGGAGGUCUGCAAACAGUAGGAAGUCUGGUAACAGCAGAAGGUCUGCUAAAAAGCAGGAGGUCUGCAAACAGUAGAGGUCAGCAAACAUGAGGUCUGCUAACAACAGGAGGUCUGCAAACAGGAGGUCUGCAAACAGUUGGAGGUCUGCAAACAGGAGGACUGCUAACAACAGGAGGUCUGCUAACAGCGGGAGGUCUGCUAACAACAGUCUGUGAUUUUAAACCAACAGAGGAUGAAGUUUAUACACAGUCUGUGAUUUUAAACCGACAGAUGAUGAAGUUUAGAAGCAGACUCUGCACCCUGAACGUCGGCGGCCGCAGGUUCUCCUUCCCAGCGGAGCUGAUGAACCGGCUGCAUGACUGCGUGUCAGAGAGCGAGCUGCUGGAGUUCUGCAACGACUACGACCGCGACAGGAACGAGUUUUUCUUCGACCGGCACUCGGAGGCCUUCAGCUUCAUCAUGCUGUACAUGCUGUACGUGCAGCACGGGAAGCUGCGCUUUGUGCCGCAUAUGUGCGAGCUGUCCUUCUAUAACGAGAUGUUAUACUGGGGCCUGGAGAGCUCUGACUUGCAGCUAUGCUGCCAGCGACGCCUCGAUGACCGCAUGUCCGACUGCUUCGUCCACUUCUUCCCUGAUACUCUCCAGCCAGUGGAGAGUAUCAGGAGGAUGUUUGAGGAGCCAACAUCCUCAUUCGUAGCGCAAAUCCUUGCCUCUGUUUCAAUGCUGUUUGUGGUAAUCUCCAUGGUGAUGCUGUGUGCAAGCACCACCAUCUUCAGUGCGCUGGCCCAGCUGCUGGAGCAUGGCCUGGACCUGGAGGCCGGGAACCAGGACUACGCCAGCAUCCCCAAGGCCUGUUGGUGGGUCAUCAUCUCCAUAACAACAGUGGGCUACGGGGACAUGUACCCGGUGACGGUGGCGGGCCGUGUGCUGGGCGGUGUCUGCGUGGUGAGCGGCAUCGUGCUGCUGGCAUUGCCCAUCACCUUCAUCUACCACAGCUUCCUCCAGUGCUACCACGAGCUAGAGCUCCGAGUACGCUCGCCCCGCUGCGGUCGACGAGUUCAUCAAUUGACUGACGAGUUCAUCAACUGUCCAACAAGUUCAUCAACUGACCGACGAGUUCAUCAACUGUCCGACGAGUUCGUCAACUGACCGACGAGUUCGUCAACUGACCUCAGGGCAACGCUGAAGUCAUCAGGGUACAAACAGAGAACAGAUAUAUAACAAACCCCUAACCCGUCAUGACUUCUUCUACUUUCCUUUGAGGGUACAUUCAGUGUCACUGUUUCCACAGCAACAGCAGAGAGGAAGUGUCGGAACGGUGGAGUGUGACUCAUCUCAAGCUUCUUUUGUGGUGGGAAUCAUCUCACUGGACACCCUUCUUCUUCUGUGGUGCGAAAUACGGCAACUUUUAAACUAUUCAAUUUCAAUUCAGUUUAUUUUGUAUAGCCCAAUAUCACAAAUUAGCCUCAGAGGGCUUUACAAUCUGUACACGUACGACAUCCCUGUCCCAG